AUGCCCCACACCCAGUCACCUCCACGACGUUGGGAUCCGUGGACGGUCAGUCAAAAGCACCGGCAUCGGCUACGACGACGCCGAUCGGAGACCUUGAGGCUGUUGACACCCGACCGCAUCGGUGACCACCUCGUGGCCCGGUGCAUGGCGCUCGACGACUUCCAGGCGCGGAAUUCGGCGAACGCUUGGCUGCCUAAAGCAUUUGCUGGGCCCCGAAUGAGCUUCGGGCCGCGCCACGUGUUGCUCGGCAUCGUCAACGCCGUGAACGACCAGAUCCAAGCUAUCGUGGCGUAUGAGGACGAGCCCAAUGCGCUCCUUCAGCUAGCGCAGACCGGAUACAUCGUUCAGCAGAUCAUGCGGUUGAAUCGACUUCUGGACGUCGCACUCGCGGCGUACGGCAUCUCGGAGCCGCGCGGCAUGGAGAAGUGGCAAACCGUGUUCCAGCAAGAGCGUCAGGAGCGCAUGGCGCGAUUCAGGAAGUUGGCGGCGAACAAAAAGCUUUUAAUGGAGACGUUGGGCGACGAACCGCAGCAACUGGAGAUACUGACUCUGUUAGUCUACGAUUUCCGGAACCACAGCGACGACACGUACACGGAGUUGGAGUGCCAAGUGAUCGCGGACGUGUACGAGACUUGUACGAGACUUUCAGGUAUCGCAGUGACGACUGUCCCGGAGUGGUUCGUUCCAGCCUACGAAACCAAGCAGAGCCGGUGGCAGGGAACUCAAGUCGACGUGGAGCGCUUGUCGGACCCGAGUGAGGAGCUUUGCAUUCGUCAGGCCUCCGCGUGGUGGGAGCUACAUCACCCUCAUGUGAUGAAGCUCUUUGGAGCAUGCCACGUCGGUAAAUCCCUCGUGCUGGUGCGUGAAAACGCGCAGUGCGUUAAGAAGUCGGGAGCGGCCUUGCCGAGUCGAGAC